UAUAUCAGUAGAAAAAUCACAGUAUCUCCAACAAGGUUCUGAAAAUUUGCAGAAAAGCGAAGCUUGAUUUCGAUUUAAAAAUGGAGGCAUGGUUCAUCAUCGUCGUCUCACUCUGCAUCUCCGCUCUCGUGGCAUCCAUUUUCAAUCUGCUGCCGUCGUCGCGGCGGAAGAGAAACCUGCCACCUGGACCUCCAAUUUUCCCGAUCAUCGGAAACCUACUGUGGCUACACAAGCCCGUCUCCCACAUCGAGUACAUCCUCCGCCGCCUGAAAACCCUACACGGCCCCCUCAUCACCUUGACAAUGGGCCGCCGCUCCCUCAUAUUCGUCGGCAGCCACUCCCUCGCACACCAAGCCCUAGUCCAGAACGGCGCCGUCUUCGCCGAUCGCCCCGCCCCUCCGCCAACCAGCAGAGUCCUCCACAACAACAAAAUUCUGAAAACAAUCAGCUCCUCCCCCUACGGCGCCACGUGGCGCCUCCUCCGCCGCAAUCUCACCCAGGAGAUCCUCCACCCCUCCCGCGCCAGGAUGUACUCCGCCUCCCGACGCUGGGUCCUCUCUCUCCUCAUCCGCCGCCUCACCGACACCGCCCAAUCGGAAUCGUCUGUGAUGCUGAUCGAUCACUUCCAGUACGCCAUGUUCAGCUUGCUCGUGAUCAUGUGCUUCGGCGACAAGCUCCACGAGAACCAAAUCAAGGAAAUCGAAUCAAUUCAGCGCAGGCUCAUUCUAGGGAUACGCCGAUUCAAUAUCCUCAACCUCUUCCCACGGUUGGGGAAGAUUCUGUUCCGCAACCGCUGGAACGAACUAAAGCAAUUACGACAAGAACAGGAGAAAAUACUAAUCCCCCUCAUCAAAGCUCGCCUCCAAACCAAGCAAUCCAAGGAUGACGACAAAAUCGAAAUCGUCUCGUACGUGGACACAUUGAUGGAUUUGAAGCUCCCGGAAGAAGAAAACCGGAAACUCCAAGAAGAUGAAAUGGUGAGCAUGUGCAGCGAAUUCCUCACAGCAGGCACAGACACCACCUCCACAGCUCUCCAAUGGAUCAUGGCCAAUUUGGUAAAACACUCCCAAAUCCAAGAAAGGCUCUACCAAGAGAUAAUUAGCGUCGUUGGGAGGCGAACCCCCCCUCAGCCCGACACAGAGGAGCCGGAGGCGGAGGCGAUGGUGGAGGAGGAGGAUUUACGGAAGAUGCCGUAUUUGAAAGCGGUGGUGUUGGAAGGGUUGAGGAGGCAUCCACCGGGUCACUUUGUUUUGCCACACAAGACGACCCAUGAUUUCGAAUUGGACGGGUAUACGGUACCGAAAGAUGCGGUGGUGAAUUUCAUGGUGGCGGAUAUGGGUUGGGAUCCAAAUGUGUGGGAGGAUCCGAUGGAGUUCAAGCCCGAGAGGUUCUUGGAAGGUAGAGAUGGGGAGUUUGAUAUAACGGGGAGUAGAGAGAUAAAGAUGAUGCCUUUCGGUGCAGGGAGGAGGGUGUGCCCUGCAUCUGGUUUGGCAAUGCUGCAUUUGGAGUAUUUUGUGGCUAAUUUGAUAUGGUGGUUUGAAUGGAGGCCUGUUGAAGGAGACGAAGUUGAUCUCUCCGAGAAGCAAGAGUUUACUAUCGUUAUGAAGAAUCCCCUUCGUGCGAAAAUCUCUCCAAGAAAAAGUGAUUAGAAUGUUUGCAGCAGCAUUGGUCUAUAUAUUUUGUGUCGGUUUCUUAUUAUAUACUAUUUUUUUAAAUUUAAACGAGGGUUUAUUUGAUGC